AACGGCGCAUUCCCCGUCGGGAGGCUGCCGGGGAGGAGGCCGUUUGGACGGAGACGGCGGUGCCGCUGCCGCGCCUCAUUGUUCGCCGGCUCCGCGCCCUGCUUUUUCUUCGCUGCCACAAAAUGGCGCUUCGCUCCUCUCCCCCUCCCUUCCCCCCGCGGUGAGCUGAGAACCACAACAACCAACGGCUGCUUCCCAACCGUCGCCCCGCCCCCACGUGACAGGGUGGCCAAUCAAGAGGCAACGAAUGGCAGGGCCAUCCAAUGCGUGAGCUGGCUGCCGGAGACGGCGGCGCAGGACAACACAACAGGAGGAGGAAAGGGGGAGAAUGAUGGAUCGUAACGGGGCCCAAUCGCCAGGCGGCGUCUCUCUCCUCUCCGCCCACUGGACCCUACUAAGCCGGCGAAGGGGUGUGGCUGGGCGGGAUGGUGAUGUCAGCGGCUCUUCGGGCCAAUCGGAGUGGGGAGAGCGUCUAUAUAAGGGCGGUCGGGGGCAGUCCGAGAGGCGCCAUUUCGCUGGAGCGGAGGAAGGGUCUGGGCCCGAGAGCGAAAGAGCGCGGGCAGGGGUGGGCGGACUCAAUCCGGAUCCAUCCUCGCCGGGCGGCGCCCCCAGUCACCGGUCAUCGUUGUUAGCCACCAGCUCGGCGGAUCCUCCUCCCGGCUUCCGUAGCGGCCGCUUCCCCUCAUCCACCCCAUCUCCAAGGAGAGCAAAGGUGGAGCGCCGCCAGUAAUCCCAGUACAAUCCAGUGCCAUCCGCGCCUCUUACCGCGACGGCUCGCUUGGGGAGCGGCGCUUCCGGACGCGGCAGGCUCCGAGGAGACCGGGAAGCCCUCUAUCGCUGCCAUCCCUGCGAGGUCGGACCUCCCUCGGGUGGCUCCUAAGAGGGGACCCCCCUCAGUGCCCUGCAACUACAAAGGCCGCCAUUUUACUAGCUUUUUAUUCCGAGCAUCCGUCUGGGGGGGCGGAGGAGGGGAGCCGCCCCCCUUUGGCCAUGCAGUAGGUCGCCUGCCCCCUUCCCCAGCCCCACAUAAAGCGGCGCCUGCCUGAGCCCCCAUCCUUCCUCGUGGGGGGAGGGCUGCUAUGCGCCCCUGAGCCCGGACGGCGCUUUUUCCCCCUGCGAGGCCGAGACACCCGAGCAAAGUGGGGGGGUUCCCCGAAGCCACGGAGGCGCCGGCGGCUGGAGCGGGACCGUCCCGGGAGACAGCCGGGGCCCCGCGAGGAGCAGCGGGAGGAGCUGCUCGCGCUGGUGCCGGCGGUGCCGCUGCUCCUGCCCCGGUAGGCAUGUUGCAGAACGUGAACCCCAACGGCAAGAUCCUUGGGGAGGGCAAUGUGGGUCUUGUGGGUCUGGGAGUGGAGUCCACGCCAGGGAAGCGGAUCCGCAAGCCGUCGCUCCUCUACGAGGGCUUCGAGAGCCCCACCAUGGCAUCUGUUCCCGCCCUUCAGCUGGCCUCAGCCAAUCCACCCCCUCCAGAGGUUUCAAACCCCAAGAAGCCAGGCAGAGUCACCAACCAGCUGCAGUACCUCCACAAAGUGGUGAUGAAAGCCCUUUGGAAGCAUCAGUUUGCCUGGCCCUUCCGCCAGCCCGUGGAUGCCAUCAAGCUGGGUCUUCCGGACUACCACAAAAUAAUCAAGCAGCCAAUGGAUAUGGGCACCAUCAAGCGGAGGCUGGAAAACAGUUACUAUUGGAGCUCAGCUGAGUGCAUGCAAGACUUCAACACCAUGUUCACCAACUGCUACAUCUACAACAAGCCCACAGAUGACAUUGUGUUGAUGGCCCAAACGUUGGAGAAGAUCUUCCUGCAGAAGGUGGCGCAAAUGCCCCAGGAGGAGCAGGAGAUUGUGAUCACUGUGGCCAAGAACAGCCACAAGAAAGGGGCCUCUCGGGCGGCAGCGAUCCUGGCAGCAGCCAGCGCAGCUGCCCAGCAAGUUCCAGCCAUCUCUUCUGUCUCCCACGCCCGACUCUACCCCACGAGCGCAGAUAUCCCCACCACUGUCAUCAGCAUCCCCCACCCGUCGGUCAUCUCCACGCCACUCCUCAAGCCACUCCACUCCACGGCUCCCUCCCAGCUGCUGCCUGCGGGGCCUGCGCCAACGCAGCCUGUGGCCAAGAAGAAAGGCGUGAAGCGGAAAGCGGACACGACCACCCCCACCCCCACGGCCAUCAUCGCCACCAGUGGGGGAGAGUCUUCCCCCUCAGCUGCCCUGCUAGAGACCAAGGCGGCCAAGAUCCCUGCCCGGCGGGAGAGCGGGCGUCCCAUCAAGCCCCCUCGCAAAGACCUGCCUGACUCACAGCAGCACCAGACCUCCAAGAGGGGCAAACUUACCGAGCAGCUCAAGUACUGCAAUGGCAUCCUCAAGGAACUUGUCUCCAAGAAGCACGCGGCCUACGCCUGGCCCUUCUACAAGCCAGUGGACGCCUCUGCCUUGGGGCUCCAUGACUACCACGAGAUCAUCAAGCAUCCCAUGGACCUCAGCACCAUCAAGCGCAAGAUGGAGAACCGGGAGUACCGCGACGCACAGGAGUUUGCUUCUGACGUGCGGCUGAUGUUCUCCAAUUGCUACAAAUACAACCCCCCUGACCACGAUGUGGUAGCCAUGGCUCGUAAGCUGCAGGAUGUCUUCGAGUUCAGCUAUGCCAAGAUGCCAGAUGAACCCCUAGACAUCAACCCCCCCUCCACGUCACUCCCACAGCCGGGCCUCCUGACGAAGUCGUCCUCAGACGAGUCUUCCAGCGAUGACGAGGACAACGACGACGAGAGCAGCAGCGACAGCUCCUCGGACAGCGAGGAGAGUUCGGACUCGGAGGAGGAGCGGGCCAAUCGGCUGGCUGAGCUGCAGGAGCAGCUUCGGGCGGUGCACGAGCAGCUGGCGGCCCUCUCCCAGGGGCCGGUCUCCAAGCCCAAGAAGAGGCGUGACAAGAAGGAGAAGAAGAAGAAGAAGAAAUCAGAGAAGAGGAAGAUCAAAGCGGGAGAGGAGGAGGCUCACCCGGCCCAGCUCAAGAAGUCCAAAAAAGCAGCUGGAGGAGGCGGCAGCGGCAGCAGCAAGAACGUGAAGAAGGCCGGCGCAAAGGCCCUCCCUCCCCCAGUCCCCAUGUUCUACGACUCGGAGGAGGAGGAGGAGAGCAAGCCCAUGACCUACGACGAGAAGCGCCAGCUCAGCCUGGACAUCAACAAGCUGCCGGGGGAGAAGCUGGGCCGGGUGGUGCACAUCAUCCAGUCGCGGGAGCCCUCCCUGCGGGACUCCAACCCGGAGGAGAUCGAGAUCGACUUUGAAACCCUCAAGCCUUCCACCCUGCGGGAGUUGGAGCGCUACGUGUUGUCGUGCUUACGCAAGAAACCUCGCAAGCCCUACAGCGAGACCCUGAAGAAGCCGGUGGGCAAGACGAAGGAGGAGCUGGCCCUGGAGAAGAAGCGGGAGCUGGAGAAGCGAUUGCAGGAUGUCAGUGGGCAGCUGAACUCGGCCAAGAAGCCCCCCAAGAAGGCCAGCGAGAAGCCGGAGUCUGCCCAGCAGGUGGCCGUCUCCCGCCUGAGCGCCAGCAGCUCCAGCUCCGACUCCAGCAGCUCCACUUCCUCCUCCUCCUCCUCCUCGGACACAAGCGACUCUGACUCCAGCUAGGCAGGCUGGCGGCGGUGGCAAGGUGGAGGCGGCGGGCGGGCGGCAUGUUCAGAAAAGGUUCUGCAGGACCAGAACUGCUGAGAACUGCACGAUGGCAGACGGACGGGCGGGCGGACGGGCUCCCCCUCCCCCUCCAGCUGGGCACGGGCCGGAAGGCUCCUGCGGCUGGCUGGCUGGCUGGCUGGCAGCUUCUCUGUUCCCUCCUUCGGGCCCCAGGAUGAGAGGUGGCCUCCUGUGUUCGUGCUGUGGUGUGGGGCACCCUGACUCUGUACAGUUUGCUCCAGCAAAGUGGGGGGGGGGGCGGUGUUUUACUGUUUUGGUUGAAUCUUAAGACACAAACUUGUGGUUUUUAUAAAAGCGUUUAGCAAGUUUUGGUUUUGUGACGCUCCUUUCCUGGAAGGACAGGUAGAGGAACCGCUUUGGGGGCUGUGUGCACCCCACUGGCUUGGACGUGGAGAGGAGACGUCCCCUCCUCGUACUCUCCCCCUGGCGCUCAAGGGGCUCUUUUUAUUUAUUUUUAACUUCUGUUUCUCGUUGGUGGCUUUUCCUAGGAUCUGGAGUGAGUGCAACUGUGUAUGUACCUGGCCAAACUCGAGACAGCAUGUUCUUCACCCCUCAAGGGAGGCUGGUCAUGGGGAGGGGGUGGCCCUCUUGAGUUUUUUAUGUUGACUGUACAUUUUCCUUUUCCACUUCCAUUUUUAUUCCCCUUGCCUGUGUCCACCUUCUAGGGUCUGUUACAUCUUAUUGUAUGUUAAAUCCUCUGGUUCUUUAAACAUGUAAAUAAAAUAAAAUUAUACAGUGUGGUGUGGACUUGA